UUCAGGGGUGCUGUAGGAUGUGGAAACGAAAAGAAGCUCACUCUCUGUACUCAUUCAUUUCCUUCUAAGUUUUAUUUCGAUACUUAAGAUUACUUUGCGAUCGCAAUGAAGAUAAUGGUUGUCGUUCACUUUGUUAAUGUAAAUGUAAUUAUAUGGUUAGUAGUGUUUUUGCAAUUAACUUCAUCGAUAGGAACAAUCGCAAAGAAAACAAAAUUAUGUGGCGAUGAAGCUUGUUCAGAGAAGUUAUUCGAAGGAAGGUUUCAUCGCUCAUCGUUAGCUACUCACGAGUCAUUCCUAUCGCCCAAUGAAAAUGAUGUUGUCAGUGUUUAUGCAAUUAAAUUCAGUGAUCGAACGGAUUUAAUGGAAGGCGCUCUUGUCCGUGAACCAGCAAGGAAAGGACAUUUUUUCUCGAUGCAUAUUAAUCUCGAUGAUUACGUGGAAUUCCUUAAAAAUGCAGUUGUAUCCAAUAAAACAAUGUUUAUGGUCAGUAGAGAUCCACGCGAUCAUCCUUCUCACAGAUUAGUCGGUGUCAAAGCAGCUCUGCCGGAAUUAAUUAAAGAUUAUGAAGUGAAUGCCAAGCGUCUUUCUGAUGAAAGACAGUUACCAGCAGAACAAAUUGACUACGCCGCAUUGGGAUACUUUUCCGACUCCGAAGGGCAUGGACAUUCACACGGUCAUGGGCAUUCCCAUGAUCACGGACUUUCUCAUGAACACGAGCAUCAUCAUGACCACAACAUGCACACACAUUCGCACGAACAUAUCCGAACUGUGCAACAAACAACUCAACCUAUAAUCUCUUCUGAAAAAAUAACAGUUCCACCACUUCCAGCAAUGAAUGUUCCAACGAGUGAACCGAAGGAGAUACCUACUGUAACAGUCAAUUCAGUCUCUCAUCAGGAGAUGCCUCUUCUCAACCCUGAAUUGAAUGUCGUACCAGAGAUCCCUAUAUCGCAAAAUCAAAAUCUAAUGCAAGAACCUGCUUCUCCUAUGUUGCUGUCAGACGCGGGAUCGACUUUAAAAGUCAUUCCUGAUGUUUCUGUAGUGCCUGGGCUUCCUUCAGUUGUGGAAGAAUCGUCAGCUCUGUCUGAAGAUUUGCCCCCAUCUGGCACAGCUGAUAUCAGUUUUGCAGACGAAGGUAAUCUUCCACAUAUCGAAUCAUCGCAGGAAAAAAUAUCAUCAACCACGAACGUUGUGAACACACAGUUGCUUACACAACCUCUUCAAUCGAUGUCUAUGCAACAAGUUAAUAUGAAAUUACCUCACUCGGUGGUUAUGACUACUCCUGCAUCAGUUGGAGUUCUUGAGUCAAAUCUCCCCCCCACUCCGGAUAAUAUAUCACAAAUUAAUUUGCCUCCUUCCUCAGUCAAUUUACCCGUACCAAAUGUUCCUUCGCAAACCGAUGUCCCUCAACCAACUCCUUCCCCGCACUCCGUAGCAGUGGGAUCAGAUGAAACACUACCUGUACCAUUAGAAACUGCGCAUUCAGAUUUUCUUCAUGUAUCUUCAGCACCACCGCCUUCUCCAACAAAAAACCAUAUUGCUAUAUCGAAAGGAUCAUCUCUAAGUGAUACUACAGCAGUCCUCACAGAUAAUGGUGUUUUGUCUGUGUCCCUUUCUCCUCAUACGGAACCAGCGGUAGCCACCUUCUCUGCUUCACGGUUUGAUCCAGUUGUAGUACCGUCUGAGUCCGGUUCUGCAAUGAAAAAUGAGCCCAAGCUGGAAUCAGAGGAAAAAGAAACAACGAUAAUUAACCAUCUGCUUGAAUCACCACCGUCUUUACCUAUUACUACCGUGCUACCUCAUGAUUCAGUAGGUUCUCAGGCCUUAAAUCCAUCAUCAACUGAUGUUAUCUCACAACAUGAACAGGAAGCACAAAAAAAUCCUAAGGCAGAAAUGGACACGGAGCGAGGAGAUAGCAAUGGACUUGUACAAACAGAGGAAGAAGUGAAGACAGAUAUUACAGAGGAAGAUGGAUUAGGCUAUUGCAUAAAAGGUGAAUGUGACAAGGUUUACAAUACUCCUAUAGCUGAUGAAAAGUCGGGGGCAGGAUAUUUAUUUGUGAUUAGCAGAUGGCUCAGCAAAUUGAUUGAUAUUGCACGUUAUAUCCUGCCGUCAUCAAUCAGUAACAUUGACGAUGCAGGAGUUUUGGUAACAUUUUUCGUUCCUAUUUGUUUAUUGACUCAUUUACUACGGAUGCUAGUUUUUACGGAUACUUCUGAUAAGGAUAAUUUUGAUCGAAGAAUGCUACAUAAUGCAUUGACAACCAUUAGACAACGUGAAAUACAGAUAAAGUUGUUGCAUGCUGAAAUGGAGAAAGGGAAAAAUGCAUGGGAUACUGAAAUGGACGAGAAAUUCAAAAAUUUGCAAACAGAAAUGAGUCAGUUGAAAGCUAAGUGUCAUAUGCUUGAAGAAGAAAAUGAUAAUCUGAAAGCAGAAACGGAUGAGACGAGUCAAAUGGUUGAAAGAGAACGUUUGAAAUGCAGAGAUUUAAUAGAGCAAAAUAGAAAUCUUGCUGAGAAAAAUGAGUUGCUAAUGAAACAGUCAUCUGAAAUACAUACCACUGUAGAAGUGUUGCAUCAAGAAAAUGAACGUUUGGUUAAUGAAGUUACCAAAAAGAGUGCACAGUUAAUACGUCUUGAAUCGGAAGCAAAUUCACAUACGCUGGAAAUUAAAAAUUUGAAAGAUCAGUUAAAAACAUCCGUAUCAGAAAGCAAAGUACUACACCAACGUGUGGAAGAACUUCAAAAUGAGAUUGUUCAGUUGUCGGAGAUUAUAAAUGAAAUACGUGAUUCGGAUAAUGCUGUUCAUGAUCAGUCAUCAGCUGCUGAGGGAGUGAAUGGCGAACAAUUACAGGAUGAUCUAAACGGUGGAAAUGGAAAUGGUUGGUCAGAUUUUGAUGAAUUUGAUAUAGACAAUCCAACAACAGCAGAAGUACCAGUAAGACCUAAAAAAGAUCGUGUAGCGGUUGCACGAUUUUCAUCUGCUGAAAUUAUGGAAGUUGCGAAACUCAGAGUGCAGUUAAAGACUGUUGAGGCUGAUUUUGAUCAAGCAAAAUUAACACUACAAAAGCAGCUAAAUGAGCGAGAUCAUUUAUUGCGUAAAGUUGAAUUUGCCGAAGCAGAAGCUAUGAAACGAUCGAAAGAAGUGGAGGCAAAGGAAGCAGAAAGAAUUGAAGCGCAAAAUCAAUUCAAAAGAAUUUUAGGGAUGGUCGAAGAACGAGAAGCGAAAUUACGAAGUGCCGAAGAACUAACAGAAAAAUUGCGUAGUGAAAUAAUGAAAUGGCAAGAAGAAGUAAGACAAUUGGAAGACCAAAAGAAAACUGUGGAAUUUAAAUUACUGGAAACUGAUCAAGAACUGAAACGUUUGAAGGCAGAAUACGCCAAGUUGGAGACGCGUAAUUUCCAUGAAAUACGUCAGUGUAAGCAAACGAUAGCAGCUUUACAACGGCAGUCAUUGGAACAAGUUCAUCUGUCAAAUCCAUCAUCAAAUGUGCUUGAUAACGCUAAUAUGUUGAAUAUGUCGGCGUCGUCAUCAUCAGAUCGUGAUUAUGGUGCAUCAGUCAGCAGUGGCCUAGUUGCACCAUCGUUAUUAUCCCAUGUACGACCUUUGUGGGAUGACGAGCCACCCGAGAUUUUUUCAUCUCAUGGAGAAUCGUCCGUAUUAAAAAAGGUAGAUCCCCCGCUAAAUGAUGUGACACCAGAAAAUGGUAAUAUCAGCCACAACAGAGAGUCGAAGCAACGAAGAAGUAUUAGGGAACGAGAGCAUAAUAUUGGUGUAAACGUAGAUGGUAUACAAUCACGUCAUAAGAAGGAAGGUAGGAGGAUGCGUUCACGUUCACAUGGUCGUCAUCCUUUUCGUACGGAUUAUGUUCCAAUCUUGGGUAUGCCUGGAUAUCCAGGACCUUCCGCAGAUUUUUGUGCUAGCACAAUCCUCAAUAAACAAAAUAGCAAAAGUAGUAUGCUGUAUUAUUCGUCCGGUGGUUCAAAUGAUGGCCGUUCGCCUCCUCCAGAAAUGGCACUUCUUUCGGGUAUCCCCCCUCCGGGCCCAAUGAUCAAAAAACCAACGCCACGGCCAAAAAGUAGCACUGAAUUACUGUAAAGGCGUUAAAGUUAAUAUCUCGUGCAGAAGAUCUGUAUGUUAUAUAGCUUCCUUUGGAGUCUUUUUCGUGUUAUGGGAAACAUUUCUUUUUUAAUUUUGGAAAAACAUCAUUUGGCUUCAAAGUGGAGAACAAACGUACUGGGCUAUGGAUAAGAAUGUAGUUUUGUCUGUUUGUAUUUCAGUUUUUCUAACUGUUUUGAGACUGUGAUCAUAAAACUUUUGUUGUUUUUUCCAUAAAAUUUUUCGCUGUCUUCCGAAAUAUUGUUAUUUAACUGUUGACAUAAAAGUAAUCCUACCUGUCCUUAUUGGUGCUGGUACGAGUAUAAAAUUAUCACUUUUGUUACACGUUGAUAUCGCUUUAACUUCUUGCAUUUUUC